AUCCAUCAACACCGCCGAAUAUCGAUAUCUUGGAAUCCAAUUGCGCCCAUUAUCAAUACCACAGUCUUGGUAUAAGCAGCACCGGAAAAGUGCCGAACUUUCGAUUGCGACACAUCGAUUAUCAACAUAGAACCACCGACGUCUGUUCAACUACCACAAUGGCCGCUGUAACAACCGCGCCUCGUGGUCUUCAACCAAACGCAUCUUUACCAGCCAAGGUUCAACCUAUUCCUCCUAAUCAAACUCUCUACGUAACGAAUCUCCCAUCCUCGAAAAUCCAGAAAGCCGACCUGCGAACCGCCCUCUACCUUCUCUUCUCCACAUACGGACCUGUCCUCGACGUUGUCGCUCUUAAGACAAUGAAGAUGCGCGGUCAGGCCCAUAUCGUAUUUCGGGAUGUUCAGUCUGCUACACAAGCUAUGAGAUCUCUAGAGGGACAAGCAUUCCUCGGUCGCGACUUGAAAAUACAAUAUGCGAAGUCCAAGUCCAACUUUGUGGCUAAACUCGACGGCACUUUCAAGAUCCCGAAUGUCGCAGGUGCCACCAACGUCGAGCAGACUGAACUGCAACAGAGCAUCUUCAACGCUCCCCCUCCCGGUUCAGCGCCGGCACCGACGCCCGGCUCUGGUCUUCCUGCGAAGCCUGCUGCGAACUCGGACCACGUUAUGGAAGACGCCGAUACACCAGGUGGCCGAGGACAGAAGCGAACCCGUGACGAUGAGGAUAGUGAUUCGGAUGUUGCCAUGGAGGAGGACAGUGAUGAUGAUUGAUGAGCAAGAAUGAGCCCAUGAAGGUCGGCGACAUUUCUGAGAGACGCAAUCGAUACGCUAC